AUGUACUAUAAACUGAGAUUUCUUAUUCGGAUGCUAACAAGCAUUAUAGACUGCUUUGAAAUAUUUAUUGAGGCACCAAGCAAUUUUUUAGCAAGGGGACAAUGCUACAGUCAAUACAAAAAACACUGUACAAUCAAAGUAUUUAUUUCCUGCACACCACUAGGUGCACUGAACUUUAUUUCAAGUUGUUAUGGAGGACGUGCCUCUGAUGUACAAAUAGUAAGAGAAUCAGAUUUUACAACAACAAAGUAUCAUCACCCUGGCGAUCAAAUUCUUGCUGACAGAGGCUUCACAUUGAAGGAAGAUUUUGCUCUAAACUCUGGCAGUGAACUUUUAAUUCCUGCCUUUACAAAAGGUAAGAAGCAGCUGUCAGCAGAAGAAAUCGAGUCAACACGAAAAAUUGCAUUAGUAAGAAUAAAUAUUGAAAGAGUGAUUGGACUUCUUAAAAACCGCUACAUUAUACUGAAAGGCAUCAUGCCAAUAAGGUGUGUUAAAAGUAUGAAGGACGAAAAACUUGAUGAGACUCUAGCUAAUUGUGACAAAAUUGUUACGGUUUGUGCAGCAUUGUGUAACUUAAGUGAAAGCAUAGUUCAUAGGAAGUAA